UCUUUUCCAAUCCAAAACGUUAACUAUCUUUCUUGCAAUGUUCUGUGGAGGAAUCCGUUCUUCUGGUUUAUCUCCCGGCUUUUUCGUUUCAGUACUUUUGGUUGUAACGGACGCGUUUUCCCGCGUUUGUGGCGUCGUUUGGAAUUUUUAUAAAAGAGAGUUAUUACAAUGACUGGACGUGGAAAGGGUGGUAAAGUGAAAUCAAAGGCAAAGUCCCGUUCAUCCCGAGCUGGUUUGCAAUUCCCAGUAGGCCGAAUUCACCGUCUAUUACGCAAGGGCAAUUAUGGUGAACGCGUUGGUGCCGGCGCCCCUGUAUAUUUGGCGGCCGUAAUGGAGUAUUUAGCUGCAGAAGUGCUAGAGUUGGCAGGCAAUGCAGCAAGGGACAACAAGAAGACUAGAAUAAUACCGAGGCACCUUCAACUUGCUAUUCGUAAUGAUGAAGAGCUUAAUAAGCUGCUAUCUGGGGUAACAAUUGCACAGGGUGGAGUGCUUCCCAACAUUCAGGCAGUAUUACUUCCCAAGAAAUCUGGUGGUACAGCUUCUGGAAAGUCCAAAUCUCAAUCUCAAGAUUAUUAAUCAUAUACACUUUGGUUUAAUGUAAUGUCUAAUGUUCUGUUUGCUAGGUAGUUAAUAAUUAAAAGUUGAAAUAAAUGAAUUCAGAGAAAUAAAGUUUUU